GGGCCCAACGUGGUCGCCAUGGCGACCGUGCGCAGCGCCGCUACCCCCUGUCCUGGCGCAGACCUGCUGAAACAGGCUGACGUGGAGAAGCUGUCGCGGCUGGCAUGGACUGAUGAUGAAGAGGAGCCCGAGGACGCGGUGUCGGCGCGGUCUGCGGCCAGCUCGGGGACUGCCGACGGUCUGGUGUUUGCCGGCCACCAGGCGCUGCCGGACUCCCCGGAGGUGCGCCAGCUGCUGCAGCGCGCCGCCAACAUCAGGAGGCGAGCCAGGCAGCUGGUCGCACACAUCUCCAGCCUGUGGCCUGCCCCUCUGCCCCUGGCUGGCUCGCUGCUGGGGGCGCUCAACCUGAGCUCCGUGCCCGCCGCCGACUGCCAGUACGACCGCCGGCCCAACUGCAGGCGCAGCCUCCGCUACCGCACGCUGGACGGCACUUGCAACAACCCGCUCAACCCCGUGUGGGGCGCCGCCAACACCCCCUACACGCGCCUCCUGCCGCCUGUCUACAGCGACGGGGUGCACGCGCCGCGGCAGUCUGCUCGCGGCGGUCCGCUGCCCACGGCGCGCCUGCUGAGCGCGCAGCUGUUCCGCGAGCGGCCGGGCCCGGCGUCUAGGGACGAGGUGCUGACGCUGGCGCACAUGCAGUGGGGGCAGCUGCUCGCCCACGACACGGCCUUCUCCGCCAUCCCAACCGCCGACGAGCAGGGCCGGCCCAUCAGCUGCUGCUCGGAGACGGGCCAGCUGCUGGAGGACCCGCCGGACACGUGCAUCGCCAUCCAGAUCCCGCGGGACGACGCCUUCUACUCGCAGUACGGCCGCCGCUGCAUGACCCUCGUCAGGACGCUGACCGCCGCCGACUGCACCCUGGCGCCCUCCGACCAGAUGAACCGGAUGAGCUCGUUCCUGGACCUGUCCAUGAUGUACGGCGCCGACGAGGCGGCGUCGCAGCGGCAGCGGCUGCGGCAGCGUCGCGGCGGCCUGCUGACGUCACAGCGAGACGGGCGCGGCCGCGAGUUCCCGCCGCAGAGCGCGCGCCCCGACCAGGAGUGCUUCCUGCAGGCGCAGAACGACACCUGCUACACCUCCUCGGACCUGCGGCUGAACCAGAACGUGCAGCUGGCGUCGCUGCACACGGUGCUGAUCCGCGAGCACAACCGCCUGGCCAGGGGGCUGGCUGAGCUGAACCCGCGCUGGGACGACGAGAGGCUCUUCCAGGAGGCCCGCCGCAUACUCGUCGCCCAGUACCAGCACAUCUCGUACGCCCACUACCUGCCGCCCAUACUGGGAGAGCGCGCGAUGCGGCAGCUGGGCCUGCGCCCUCAGCGGCAGGGCUACACGUACGACUACGACGUGUCGCUGCACCCCGCCACCAUCAACGGCUUCAACGCCGCCGCCUUCCGCGCCUUCCACAGCAUGAUCGAGGGCAACCUCACGCUGGUGGACGGGGCGCGGUGCCCGGUACGCCACUACCGGUACAGCGACGGCUACUUCCGGCCGGCGGCCGUGCAGCGCGAGGACAACCUGGACCUGCUGCUCAACGGCAUGGCCCACCAGCCGGCGCAGAAGCUCGACGACUCCUUCACCACAGAGGUGACGCAGCAGCUCUUCCGCGCCGAGGACGCUGCGUUCGGCAUGGACGGCGAGAGCCUGGACAUCACGCGCGGCCGCGACCACGGGCUGCCGCCGUACCCCGCCUUCCGCGAGCUGUGCGGCCUGCCACCCGCCAACACCUGGAGGGACCUCGCCAACACGCUGGGCCACAACUCGGCGCGGCGGCUGUCGCAGCUGUACGACAGCCCUCAGGACGUGGAUGUGUUCGUGGGCGGCCUGCUGGAGCCUCCAGUGACCGGCAGCCUGCUGGGGCCCACGUUCCGCUGCCUGGUGGCCGAGCAGUUCCACCGCUGGAAGCGCGGAGACCGCUUCUACUACGAGAUGGGACAGCUGCCGCACUCCUUCAGCCCAGCCCAAUUGAAGCAGAUACGAAAAGCAUCACUUUCUCGGAUGUUAUGUGACAAUGGUGACAAUAUCACUAUGGUUCAACCUGAUGCUUUCCGCCUUGUUUCUGAUAAGAACCCACUGAAACCAUGUGAUAGUCCAGCAAUUCCAAAGCUAGAUCUUGGCCCAUGGAAACAGUGAUUCACUAUCACAAGAAAUUUAUUAUAUUACUUUCAUAUGAAAAUUUGUCACCAAAGGAAAUCUUGUGAUUUACCUAACAGCUCUAUGUCAAUUAAAAAUGUCCACAUUUUCAUCUUCUUAGGUAAUAAGCAGCAUAUGUUGGUACAGAAAUCGUAAUAAUUUGGGAAAAGAAUACAAUUUUUGUACUGUAGUUGUGAGGCAUAUUUAAUUCAGUUUUAAGAAACGAAAAAUGCCAGAUUGUUUUCAUGUAAUAAAGGCCAAGGCCUUUAAUCAUGCUGACAUACUAGACUGCACCUACAGAAAUAAGUUUUUAACUUAGUAGUGAGCCACAAGUGCAGCCCUUUACACUAACUUUCAUUCCCGCAGAACUUCUCUGAAGUGAUGAAACAGCUACUCAUCAGCAUUUCAGAAGAGUUUUUUAGAUCAUAACCAUUUUGUUUACUGCAAAGUGAGGAUGGGUGUAACCAUGCACAUCAUUUAAAAAUGUAUUU